CCACAGCGUCGGAUGGCCAUCUUCUCGUCGUCCUUAUGUUUCUCUCUGUCUUUAUGGAUCUUCUCCAGUCUCUCUCUGAUAUGGGGAUCUGUCUAUGCUUCACUUGGCUUUCACAUCUUUGGAGUUGCUUCAUCUCCUCCUCAACCAGCCAAGACAUGGCCAGUCUGGAAAUCCUACCGGAUGAUGUCAUGGCUGAUGUUCUCAGCAGGCUACCUGCUGAUCAGGUUGUUAAUUCGCGGAGUGUGUGUAAAAGAUGGUGCUCUUUGGCAGCUACCCCUCAUUUUGUUCAGCUGCAUCUUGAAAGAUCUACUCCAGUAAUGUAUUUCCUGACCUCUUCGAAUGAACUUGGUACAUUCACUCUGUCCUCCGUUGACUGGAGCUCUAAGAAGAGGAAGCAGCUGAUUAGGGAAAUACGAUUGCCGAUAAUUGAAUUCCUGCCGUCAAAAAGUUCUCUUCAAUUUUCGGGUAGUUGCAAUGGGCUCUUCAUCUUCAGAAAAAAUUGGGUGUCCCCACUUACUUACUACAUUUUCAACCCUAUCAGAAGAGAGAAAAUCACCAUUACCCCGGGUUUGAUUGUUGGCUUCUUUUUGGACUCGCUCACAAACAAGUACGAGUUGCUUGCAUGUGAUAAUGUUAUGGAUGACUUCAGAUUUUACAUAGGUGGUUUAGGGCCAGUUUUCACAUGGAGGAAAGUUGGGUGCUUUCCUUAUCGUCCUAGAGAAAUAUUUGCCCCAUCUGUUGUAAAUGGGUGUCUUCAUUGGAUGGCGAUUGGGAAGCGAGGGGAGAAAGACAUAUGGCCCCCGUGUACACAUUCCAUCAUGGUCUUUAGCAUAGAACAUUGCGAAUUUCGUUUUCUGCCUCAUCCAUUUAAGGCGAAUGAAUAAUGUGAAGCUCGUCAAAAGAUGCACUUGUUGGCAACCAAGGGCCACCUAUAUGCAUAUGGUAUGUGUGGCAAACUCUUGGACAUAUGGGUUUUGGAGGACCCUGCAAAUUGGUAUUGGGUUAAAAAGUUCAGAAUCCAUCUUGAACAGUAUCCAGUUUAUGAUCCCAUGAUGAGCUAUCAGGCAUAUCUUCGCCAAUUAAGCCAAAUAAAGCUUAUCGACAUAUGGAAGGAUGAAGUGCUUUUGGUAGUGCCUGAAAAGGGCUUUUUUCGGUACCACAUGCGGC